UAGGAAAAACUUAUCAGCUAAAAUUGUAAACGCCCCAUCCAGAUCUAUCACUCAAAUAAAAAAAAUAUUGAUGUGAGAACAAUAUUAUUAUAAGACUAUUUCUGUUAUAUUUCUUAAACUAAUAUUUUAUUUCACCACAAGACGGUCUGUUAUUUCUAAUUAGUCUUCCGUUUAUUUUCAUUCUAAUUUUUUUUCACUCGAUCUCUAGUACUUUACAGGAUCUGAUGGGCAGGAAAAUCUCUGACAGUGGGAUGCAGGCAGUCUAAACAAGAACAGACUUGAUAAAGCUGGAAAUGUAGGCAAGUUGAAAUCAAGUACCAUCUUAAAAGAUUAAGCAAGUGUGUACAAUUUUCUUAAAAUUCAAGUUCUAUUUUAAACACUUCAUUUAUCCAAUUUGAUCAAACUUGUAAGUCUUAUUCAUGUAUUUUGAUGGUAGCAGAUCACAAUAAAAUCACCCAUAAAGAAGUAAACUUAGGCUAUUUUAGGAUUUUAUUUUGAAGCAUAGAACUGCCGACUUCCGGUACUGAAAUGCAGUGCCGCAACCUGCAUAUAUUGAACACACGGGAAGGAUUGAGCAAGUUUUGGGAGAAAAAGAGGGAUAAAUUAGGACUAGCAAGUGAUAUAGCAGGACGUUAGUAGAACAGGGAGACAGGGGGCCUGUUGGACCGUCCUACCAGCCGCUCCUUUAGCCCAGAGGAGGGUGAGAGGCUGGCAUGGACCGCUUGUAACCUAACGGAGACCGUUCCGUCGUCGUCUGCAGCGCGAGCGCGCCUUUGUGUUAAAAGCAGAAUGAUUGUAAUGAGGCGCUAGCUGUGUGUCCGAGCGGCACAGCAGGACUUUAACCCUGCCUCAUCCUCCUCUAAGUGUCAAUGACCGCAUCACCCAUGUGUCAGCUAACUGCUGAUGAUAUGUGAGCAAACCCUCCGGUUUAAAGAUGGUAGAAAUGAAUGUGGCUCUCCGUUAAUCUGGUCUCGAGCGGAUUUUGACAUUUCUCAGUCCGGCUGUAACGUGAGCAGGAAAUCCCGAGCAGCAGACCCGUCUAUCCCGGGGGUUACAGCGGCGCUCAGCGUUGUUUACAUUCGCGCAUUAAAAAUUCAUCGUAUCUGCGUGGAUUUCCACACGCGCACCCGCCGGUGGAAAGCUGGACAGUUUGGCAAAAUGACGAGCCUGCGCCAGAGGAAAGGAAACAGGGGGAAAGAGGCGACUCAGGCUGCCGAAGUUCAGCCCCAGGAGUCCAACUGUUGCACCCAUCACCAUCCAGACAAGAUCCUGUAUGGCGAUUGGUCAUGGGGCGCUAUAAUCUGGACAUCGAUUGGUUGGUCUGUUUCUGUGGGCUUAGGCCUUCUGUGCUCCAUCUACGUGGCCAUGUUGCAUGAGAACGACCUGUGGUUCUCCAAUAUCAAGGAAGUGGAGAGGGAGAUCUCCUUCCGGACAGAAUGUGGACUGUACUAUUCAUACUACAAGCAAAUGUUGCAGGCUCCAUCCAUACAGGAAGGGCUGUCAGAACUGAUCCAUGACAACUUGACAGAAUCAAAGAGGACCAUCAAUCUCUUACAGCGGAUGAAUAUCUACCAAGAGGUGUUUCUGAGUGUUCUGUACAGACUGCUGCCCUUACAGGCGUAUCUGGAGCCCGUGUAUUUCUACAUUUACACAGUGUUCUCGCUCCAAGCCGUGUAUGUGAUCGCUCUGUACCUCACAGCAUGGCUCCUGGCUGGUUCCUGGCUGGCUGGUGUACUGACUGGAGUCUGGUACAUUCUUAAUAGGGUGGAUACCACUCGGGUGGAGUUCACCAUCUCCCUCAGGGAGAACUGGUCUUUGCCCUUCUUUGCCCUGCAGGUCACUGCUGUCACUUGCUACCUAAGGCCUCAGCUCAGCGCCUUGCAGCAGAAAGUGAUGGCGUGGCUGAUAUACGUGACCACAUGUUGCUUCUGUCUGACGUGGCAGUUCAACCAGUUCAUCCUACUAGUUCAAGCUCUCAUUGUUUACAUCCUGGACAUCGUCGACCUCUUGACGACAACGCAGGUGACCACCCUAUACCUGAUUCAGGUGAGCAGUCUGCUGAGCAUUUGGCUGCUGCAGUUCUGUAACUCCAUGAUCCUGGGAUCGCUGGUGCUCAGCUUCAUUGUUGCAGCGCUCUUCAUCAGACACUGCCAGCCUGAUCUGAAGACUGGAGGCCUGCUGGUUCGUCUGGCCAAAGUUCUCCUCCACAGCAUCCUUGUUCUCCUGCUUACCUUCAUCAUCAACUCCUUGACUAAGAAAGCGCUUCAGCUCAGAUCAGACGAGCACAUUUUCAAAUUCAUCAAGUCAAAGUUUGCCUUGGGGCCAACGAGGGACUUUGAUGCGAGUCUGUAUCUGUGUGAGGAGGCCUUUGGGCUGCUGCCACUGGACACUCUAGAGCGCCUGGCAGGCACCCUGCUGCUGUACCCAUACGUCCCCACUGUCCUGCUGCUCAGUGGCAUGCUGGCAGUGGCAGUGCUGCACAACCUUAGGUUGGGGGAAGAGAAGAGAGCAGCUGCAAGGGAACAGGUGGAGGCUUUCCGGCCAGAUGUGGCCUACAACCUGCUGCACUCUGUGCUCUACGGCCUCCUGGCUUUCAGCACCAUGAGAAUGAAAUACAUUUGGACAGGCCACAUGUGUGCGGUCGCGGCGUAUGGUGUGUGUGGGACAGACCUGUGGACUCUGCUUCUCAAAGCUCUCCGCUGCAACUCUAAAGUUCUGCUGCGGUUUAUCAGAUAUGCAGUUCCAGUGCUGAUGAUUGGCUGGCUGUAUUAUAAGUUCUGGCCUAAGCUGAUGGAGGAGCUAUCAGAGCUGAGGGAGUUCUAUGAUCCAGACACAGUGGAGCUGAUGACCUGGAUUAGCACGAAGACCCCGAAACAGGCCGUGUUUGCUGGAAGCAUGCAGCUCCUGGCCGGCAUCAAGCUGUGCACAGGCAGAGUUCUCACCAACCACCCACAUUAUGAAGAUAAAGACCUGCGGGAGCGGACCAGACAGGUGUACCAGGUGUAUGCUCGGCGGUCCCCAGAGGAAGUGUAUGACAUCCUGAGGGCGGUGGGGGCCGACUAUGUGGUUCUGGAGAACAGCAUCUGUUAUGAGCGGAGGCACCAGAGAGGAUGCAGACUGCGGGACCUGCUGGACCUGGCCAAUGGACAUAUCAUGGACGGACCAGGUGAGAACGAGCCGGACCUCGUCCCCGCCUCCCACCCUCGCUUCUGUGAGGCCAUCAAGACGGACGACGCGGCUUACAGCGCUCUGUUCACCAGGACAUUCCAGAACAAAACCUUCUACGUCUACAGGCUCAAGAAGAAGCGUAAGAAAAGCAGCAAAGCGUCCUCCGAGCCCGGCGUGAAGCAGUAGUGGGACCAGAAACACACAACCUCCCGACUUUUACUUUGAUGUUGCUUUGUUCUUCGCUAAGCAUGACCCCAUGAAUGUGGCGUCAACGCAGCAGGCGGGUGAAGUCCAGAGUUGCAUUUUGUUAUUAGCGGAGAGCUGAAGCAACUCUUAAAAAUGCUGCUGUUUGCUACUGAGAUCAUGUUUGUCUAAGAAAACAGAAAUUAUUAAAACAAAUGAAGAGUUUCUAUAUGACCACAAUAGAGCCCUGAAAGUCAAAACAUAUGGCAGUUAUGAUUUAUUUGAAGAUAGAUAGUUCAAGCAAUAUGAAAUAGAAUUAAAAAAAUGCAGGGUUUAACAAUUAGUUUUGUGGUGAUAGGAUAGAUUUGGCUACUUAUUCAGAGAUUGAUAGAGGAAAUCUUUUGGUUUAUUAGUUUCUUGGUUUGUGGAGCUGAGAUUUUAGAUUUUUUCUAAGGCAGCAAAGUUUUUCCACCAAGAACUGAAUCCUUCCAGGCCAUUCUCUGCCUGCCUCUCAUCUCAGAUGAUGUUGCCAUGUUCUACAAAGUGUCAAUGCUUACAUUAUGAAUCUUCACCAUAUCGGUUCAUCUAAAUAAUCUGCCUCAGUGUACAGCAGACCUGCUCACACCUAACAUCAGCAAAACCAUCAACCAGCUCUGUGAAUUAUUUAUUUAUAGAGACUAAUCUCUAUCGUACUGCUUCUAGGAGUUUUCAUGUAUAAAUCCCUAUCCCCUGUCGCCUAGCAACAAUGACAUUGCUAACUCAAACUGGGAAAAUGUUUUUCCUUUUCAAUUGAAUCAUUAAAUUACAUUUUUAUUAUUUUCCUUUUUUGCAAAAUCAAAUGACCUAAACCUAACAAUACAAUCGCUUUAAUCUUUCAUAUUUUAAAUCACCAGAUUUUUAUCUACUGUCAUAUAAAACUGUACUCCACUAUUGCACUUCCACUGUUCCGCCGUUGUUUCAAUAAAAAUCUGUUUGGCCGGGGGAGAAAAAAAGACACUCCAGACUCGUCCAUGAAAUUCAGGGGAACAAUUAGUGACUUGGAGGAGCCUGGGAGUUCGGACAGCCUUCAGAGGCUGACCUCAAAGGUCGCAGCCCUUAAAUUUGGACAUUUCACCAGGUGCAUUUUUGGGUCAGGGUUCCACUGAAAAGGGACAUGACAACAUUCGUUUCAAAACAAAUUAACGACACACAUGAAGGCAGACUUUUAACUCUGAUUGCUGAGCUAACUGGGAUCAUGCUAGCUACUUUAAAGAUGUCAUUUAAAGUUCUUGCCUUAAAAAGUAAAAAAAUACCCCCCAAAAAAUGUCACCAGCUCUUCUGUCAAAUUCCAAUUUAGAAAAUGUCGACAGUACAACUGAAAAAUGUUUUAUCACCACUAGAGUCAGAUUCACUCUUUAAAUACUGAAACACUUUCUUAAUCUCAGCCUCUGGCAGCCAAUCACAGUAUUGAUUAAAAUAUUUCACAGCAAAAUUGGAAACUCCUAAAAACACAUUUGACAUCUGAUGACAAAACUUCAGCAGCAGCAGCAAUACUCACAGAUAUAACAUACUACAGCAACAUAUAUCAAGAUUACAUAAAAACAUUUCUUAAGGUAAAAUCCACCAAACUAUUUAUCUUUGUGUUGUUUGUUUUUUUGGAUUGUUGAUAGUACAAUAGCACAAUUUGAACAAAUUGCCUUUCAUUUAUUUUUAAUUGUUUUCUUUUUGUUCAGAAAGGGCGAUAUUCCCAAAUUAAAUACAUCAUUAUAUAUACAUUAAGCAACACAUUGCAACUGCUGUGACACUAAAAUAUUUUAAUGACUAAAAUAUUUUUUCUUCCUGUCUGGUGGGAGAAAGAAAGUUAUGGCCAAGACUGAACAUCUGUGUGAACAACAUAUUUGUCAAAAAGGUAAACGUUGAGGAUAAUUAUUCUUUUUUCUGGUCACAUCUGAGGUCAGAGCAUCUUCUUGGAGAUAUUUGUGUCGCCUUUGUUGAUGUGAUUGCUGUCAUGUUUCUCUGUGUGACUCGUCAGCGGCCGCCUCAACCUUUCCACUGCCGUCGCUCCUGCAUACAAACACGCAUGAAUAAUGGAAGCUGUGAGGAAAUUGCAGCAGGCUGACAACCUCACUGAUUCCUCCCUCCAAUUUCCAAAUAAUUCGGAGGGUUGCAAGGUAUGGUAACACUCUCAGAUGAAACCCAGGAGGAGGAGGGUGGAAAAACAGACUCAUGUUAAAGAAAAGUGUAGAGAUGAGAGCAGAUCACAACUCGGAUCCAUAAUGAUCUUAAACCUUGUUUCCUUUAUCCUCUUGGUUUAAGGAAAGGCUCUGAUUGAAACUGAGAUGUAGAUGCCAGUCAGACAAGCUGGUGUGUGUGUGUGUGUGCGUGUGUGUGUGUGUAUCUCCUCACACACCAGCUUUCCAGUAUUUGUGUGCAUGUUAAUAGGAACGUCGCUCUUUGAUAAUUUACACUCUCCUGCUUUUGAAAACGUGUCGUUCAUUAACUCCCGUUGUAAUGCAUACCAAUCGGAUCAGCGGCGCUUGUUCUUCGUCUGUCCUGCCUUCAUGCUGGAUGUUUAAUUAAGUAGAUGUCGGAUCACUUUAUUUGAGAGGAAAGUGAUUCCAUUAUGUUUGCUUAAUAGGAGUAUACUAAUGUGAUAUUUUUGCAGCAUUAGUCAUUUCCAUACAUAUUGGGAUUGGUGGUUCUCUGUCGGGGUCCAUGGUGAUCGUUAACAAACAGGAUGAUUCCUGCUGAAGAACAACAGAGAAGCUCAGACAGUUUCCUGGCUGUUCGCUCCAGAAUCAGGUGUUGGAUGUGGAUCUGAAAACAGCAACAAGGUCAAUGAGCUGCUGGAUGAUGAUGCUCAGCAUGGCUGACAUGUCGGGGGCAGAAACUCAUGAAACACUAGAAUAUAUUUCUGAAACGGCUAUUUUAAUUUUCAGCUGGAGUGUUUUUUUGUUUUGUUUUUUUCUGAAUGAUUUGGGAAGCGUUGCUGCUCCAGAAUUAAUUAUAUUCUGAGUUUGUUUGGAGCAUCAAGCAUAAAGUUCACUGGUGAUGUUUUCAUCUAUCUAAACACGAGUACAGAUACGUACUGUCAGAUGUUCUAGCAUCUCAUUGGCCAAAUGGAUCAGGGCUUUGCUAAGCUAUUUAUUCAAUUUAAACAAACAUUUUUCUGUUGAAAUCAGGGGUCCCCAAAGUGGUUCCUGGAGGGCCGGCGUCCUGCAUGUUUUAGUUCUCUCCCUGAUUUAAUGCACCUGGAUCAAAUGACGCUCGUUAGAGGCCUCAGAAGAACCUUGACAUUCUGAAAAGGUUGUCACUACCACCAAGGAGAGAACUAACACAUGCAGGAUGCCGGCCCUCCAGGACCCACUUUGGAGACCCCUGGUUUAAAUCAUAAAAGUUAAUGCCAACACAAAGUCGUGUAUAAUUCAGAGAUGGACUGUAAACAAAAUGGGUUUCAACAUUUUGUAAAGAAACAAUUUAACUCCAGGUCUCUCAUAAGAGAUUAGAUACAGAUUUUCAUAUUGAUUUAUGUCUGGAUUUGACUAGACGUUAUUGAGCUGCUAGCAUGUUAUCCUGUUGAGCUUCUAGCAUGUCAUGACAGUCAUGAGGUGGUCUUUAGUCAGAGGCUUCUAGAGAGAUGUUGAAUGACUGACUGCUACUGGAGAUCCUUCCUGUCCACAUCAUCACCAAAUAUCAAAUAUUUGAUGUGAGUUCUGGCAACAAUUAAGUUUCCUUUGGGAGAAAUAAAAGCUUUUCUUUUAAUUGAAUGAGUCGAGACAAAAUGGCCAUCAAAUAUUGUUUUCUAUAUGCUGCAUCACGACUUUGUGUCGGUGUGACACACAAUCUUGAUAAAAUAAAUGAUCUCUGUUAUAACAGGCUUUGAAAAAAAUGAACUGAUGAAUCUCCAAGGAGCGACAGAGCCCUUCACCUUCACUACAUUUGUGUGGUGAUUUCCCUGUGGUGUGAUCAUGCAGUGUUGUGCCAAAUAUGAAAGUGUAAAAAAGGAGCAUGUGUAAGACGUUGGUCUUUGUCUCUUGGAUACAUUUAGUACAAACACAUCCGCCUGCAGGAAACUUUAAGGAAAUAUAACUCAGGACAUCCUCAGAAUGUAAGGACUGUAAUGACAACAUGGCGUCUGUUUCUGUGAAUGUUGAUUCCUGGAUCCACUCAGCUCACAUGAAGCCAGUCCUGCAGAAGUGGGUCAGUUGACUUUCGGUUCUUGUGCCAAACCUAUUGUUAUAGGAGAACUCUGUUAUUUUGUACGCUAUAUUAAACACAUCUAUGUUCCAAAAAACUUUGCUCAAUAAAAGUCCUCUCCGCC